AUGGACGAGAAGCUCCGCGUGGCACUCACGCGCCGCCGUACCGUGGGUACUCUGCGUACCCUCGAAGUUUCCAAUGAAACUACUGACGCUACAGUGGACUUCUACUCGAACGAUUACCUCGGAUUUGCCCGUCUGCAGUCGCUACAGGAUCUUGUGCGGACACGACACAAAGAACUGCAGUCUCAACAUGGGUACACUUUAGGUGCAACAGGGUCCCGGCUAAUUUCAGGCAAUUCGAACCUUUUCAUGCAAGUGGAAAAAGACUUGGCUACAUUUUACAACAGUGAGGCAGCGCUGGUAUUCAAUUCGGGAUACGCCGCCAAUUUAGGCGUUCUCUCUUGUAUCGCUCAGGUAGAAGACGUGAUUUUGUACGACGAACUCGUGCAUAGUUCGUGCCACGAAGGCAUUCGACUGAGUCGCACGUACGCCACGGGCCGCUCCUUUGCCUUUCGUCACAAUGACAUCGAGGACCUCAAGCGCAAAAUGCAAAAGUUUUGCAUGUCGACCUCUUCGACUGGAAAGGAUGCAGCCAAGACUUGUGUGUACGUCUUAGUAGAGUCACUUUACUCGAUGGACGGCGAUUUUGCUCCGUUGGAGGCGAUGGCAGCCUUCUGUGAAACCAUGGGUGCGUUUCUCAUCAUUGACGAGGCUCACAGCACUGGUAUGUACGGACCUCAAGGCUCCGGUGUAGUCCGUCAGCUAGACUUGGACACGAAGUACAAGAGCUCUGUUGCUUGCCGAAUCCACACGUUUGGCAAAGCUAUGGGCUGCCAUGGGGCCGUGGUCUGCGGUUCUCAAGUGCUGAUCGACUACCUCGUCAACUACGCGAGGUCUUUCAUCUACAGCACGGCAGUUUCGUUCCAUCAGCUUGUGUCGAUCGCCUGUGUGCACGAGUUCAGUGCCAGUUCCGAAGCAGACGCGCUUCGCAGCUAUACGAUCGAGCUCAUUCAGUACUUCAAACAGAAGAUGAAGAGCAACGAAUCUAUUCCUCGCAGUGCUAUCCUGGCUAGCGACUCUCCAAUUCAAAGCAUCGUGUUCAAUGGCAACUACCGUGUACUGAAGGCUGCGCAGCUCCUGAACGCCAUGGGCAUUCGCGUCAUCCCGAUUCGGUCUCCAACAGUGGCAAAAGGGGCAGAGCGCUUCCGCAUUGUCAUUCACGCACACAACACUCGUCAUCAAGUCGAUAAGCUCGUGACAGCUCUUGCGGCCGUGUUUCAAGCUCAUCCAGCAGUCUCCAACUUGUAG